CAACCAAACUUGAUGUGCUCCGAAAGACGCUGCUGAUUGGAUUACGUUACUGUCAGUCAAUGUUAGUACCGCCCCUGUAAUGGCAGCAGGGAGAGUUGUUUCUACUGUAAAUAAUCGAUGAGGAAGAUCUCCUUUCUGUAUUACGCACAAUGUUGACUUUAUGAAUCAUUUACACUAACAUAUUCAGCCUACCAUGAGUACAGUGGGAGAAAAUCAGCUGCAGAGAAUAAUCAGAGAUCUGCACGAUGCAGUUUCUGAGUUGAGCAAAGAACAUUGUGAGACUGGCGAGCCCAUCACUGAUGACAGCUCCAGCCUUCACAAGUUCUGCUAUAAACUGGAGUACCUACUGCAGUUUGACCAGAAGGAGAGGACCACAUUUCUGGGCAGCAGGAAAGACUACUGGGACUAUUUCUGUGACUGCUUGGCAAAGAUUAAAGGAGCUAAUGACGGCAUUCGCUUUGUCAAAUCAAUCCCCGAGCUGAAGACGUCAUUAGGGAAAGGACGGGCUUUUAUUCGCUACUGUCUGGUGCACCAAAGGCUGGCAGACACUCUUCAGCAGUGUCUUAUGAACUACAAAACAACAUGUGAGUGGUAUUAUGAACGCAGCCCCUUCCUGAAAUCCCAUCUGAACAUUGAUAUCAUCAACCACCUGUAUGAACUCAAUGAGGUUCAGUUUGAUGUAGCAUCCCGAGGUCACGACCUUGACUCUGACUGGCCCACUUUUGCAAGGAAGACUCUAGGAUCAGCUAUCUCACCCGCCCAUGCGUGGAAACCACCAAGUCGCUGCUCUAGUGUCAACAGUCUGGUUAGCAGCUAUUCACAGCAAGCUCAAGAGUUUCUUCCAGGCCCAGAUUUUGGCUCUAGUCUUCUAGGUGAUCUUGGGGAAUUAGGUGAGUUGUCCUGUAGUGCUUCUGAGGACUUGCGCAUUGAGCUUGACCAGUCAGAGUUGAGACAACAAGAGCUCCAAGAAAAGAUCAGGCAACUCACCAUUGAAGCAACUGAUCUGAAGUCCAUGGUCAAAGACCUACAGGGGCAGCUCUUGGUUCAAGGUCCUAAUCAAGAGAAAGAAAAAGAUAAAGAGGUGGUGAGAGCUGUUAAAGAGUGCACAGAUCACCUCCAUACCACCACAGAGGGACUGGAGGCUAUACGGACAUCAGAACGCAACCUAGAAGCCAAACUGAGCAUUGCAGAGAACAGAAACAUGGAGCUGCUAGCAAAACUCGAUGGAGCUCUGAGCGAAAAAGGACAACAGGCCGCCAAUUACUGCGACUCUGCCUGGAAGAUCCAGGAGCUCCUGACCAAGCUAAAAGAGGCAGAGGAAGAGAGGAUUGAGUGUAAACGAGAAAGCGAAGAUCGGACGAGACUAGCUGAGCAACUUUCCCAGGAGCUGAAGCUUCAAGAAGUUAAACUAAAGGAGAUGGAAAACAAACUGGACACUAGCAAAAUGUCUGCCGACAAAGAACGAACAACUGCAAUGCAGCAGGCUGAUGAGCUGCAGAUGACCAUCAACCGUCUUCAAGGCGCACUUUCUCUGAAAGAGCGGGAAACGGGGAACCUCCGGACUCAGCUGCAGGACAUGCAGAGAGCACUGGAGGCCAAGGAAGGUCAACUGGAGGAGCACAAGAAAAAGAUAGAAGAGGAGCUACAACAUAAAAGCACUCUUGAAGACCAACUAAAUACAAAGGUUAGUGAGUUGUCCUCCGUUGCCCAAAAGAUCCGGCAACUGGAGAAUCUCAACCAGCAGUUGACCUCGGAGAGUCAGAGUUUACAAACGCAAGCCAAGAAACUGGAAGAGUACAAGAACCAGUGCACAAGUUUAAUGGAGAUCAAUGCCAAGCUGAUCCAAACGGUGAAGAGAAAUGAAGAGAGCAGCAAGGAACUGGUGCAGGCCAAGAACGCUCUGGAGAGAGAACUGAUUACCACACGGGCCUCUGAGAAUCAACUGAGAACCAGAUUAGAGUCAGCUGGACUGACAGUGGAGAACCAAAAUCUUGAGGAGUGCAUGCUGAAUGGCCAGGAAACCGAAAUCAAACAACUUGGAGAGAGUAGUAUAUUAAGCCUGGAAGAACUAAAUGAAGUGACUUCUAGUGUCAUUCGGGAGAUUAAUGAAUCUUCAAGAACUGACAAUGGAGAAUCUACUUCUAGGUUGGCUCUGGCUGAGGCCCAGCUUGAACUCAACAUGAAGGAGGUUUCCAGACUUCAAGAAGAGGUCAUGGAGCUCCGGGCGCAGCUAUUGGUGAGUUCAGAGGAGAAAAUAAAGAUCCAGGCUCUGCAGGAAGUGACAGAAGCUUCCAGAGAAGAUCUCAGGGCUCAGACGGAGCAACUAAAGUCACAGGUGGAGGAGCUAAACCGUAGGCAUGUGGAGGAACUGCUGCGUUGCAGAGAAAGAGAGGAUGCUCUGGUAAAAGAGAGGGAUAUGGAGGCCAAUGUGCGGGUGGAAAUCCAAACGAGCCUGACAGCUGUGAGGGAAGAGCUUCACUUGUUGAAGACGCAGAACAGCACGCUUGCGCUUGAGAACGGAGAGGCCCGUGAGGCCUUACACCGGGCCAACACUGAGACAGCAGAGCUUGGAGUUCACGUUUGCAUGCUGACGGGACAGAACGAGGAGGCCCAUUUGCGAUGGGAAGAGCUUUCUACCAAACUGCAGGAGCUACAAGUGGAGGCGCAGGAGGAGGUGGAAACUUUGAGUGAGUCGAUGGAGGUCUUGAGAACAGAUAAUGCAAGACUCCAAGAGCAGCUAAAGCAGACUGAAGGACUCCCGGGAACCAUGCAGACAUUACAGGAGAGACUUGAACAGGUGGAAGAAGAAGCCAAAAGUGUCAAAGAGGUCCGACAAAGGGAAGUUGACACACUGAGGUGCCAGUUGAGUGAUGAAGCUGAGCACCAUCAAAAUCAUGUGCAGGGUCUGAAUGAGGAGCUGGAUGAGUUGAGAAAGAGGCUGGAGAAUGAAGUCAAGAAAGUCUCAUGUCUUGAGUCCAAAGUUUUAGAGCUUGAGUCUGCCAGCAGCGAUUACAGUGAAGUGAUCGAAAAGAAAAAUGCCCUCAUUGGUGAUUUUGAAACCGUAAUUAAUCAGAAAGAGGAACAGAUAAGAAGCCUCAGAGUGGACUUAACAAGAGCUGAGGAGGAACUGGCUCAUACUCAGCAGUCUUGUAAUGAACUGGGUGUAAACUUAAGCAGAAGUGCGAUGGAGAAGCAAGCCAUUGAACUGAAGAUGUCUGCUGAGAUAGAUGACCUUUAUCGUACCAAAAAGAAUCUGGAGGAGAGGCUCAUUGAGCUCAUAAGGGACAAAGAUGCUUUAUGGCAGAAGUCUGACGCACUGGAGUUUGAACAGAAACGCAGGGCUGAGGAACAGACAGACAGAGAUGUCACAUACUGUCUGAGCUGCCGCAACCACUUCACCUGGAUGCUGCGCAAACAUAGCUGCAGGUUCUGUGGGCGCCCGUUUUGUUACUACUGUCUUGUUCAUGAUGCAAGCGUCCACCAGGGAAGCAGCAACAUGCGCUGUUGUAAGGACUGCUUUAACCAGCGCAGUUCCGGACACGAGGACCCUGGCAGUCCUUUACGGUCUACCCACAGUCCGGUAUCAAGCCCCACGAGAACCAGCACACCUGGUGUCCCAGGUAGGACACCAGGGUCACUAAAGUCCCCUCGGCCUGAUGACACAGCUUAUGACAUCAUCACAGAAGAGGAAGUGAACUGUGUCCAUGACAGAGACUCGUUAUACUACACCGCUGUGCUGCCCUCAGAGACACAACAGCUAAGCAGCAGUGACAUCAGCGGCACAGAAGAUUCAGAAGAGCUGGUCGGCGCAGUUCAGGACGCUGAGAUCUGCCUGCUUAAAUCUGGAGAGAUGACGCUCUCUGUGCCGUUCAGUGUGGAGGACGUGGUUCAGUUUGGUGAUAAGUCCAGAGAGCUCUUCAUCAGGUCCAGCUGUUACAGUGUCAUUCUCAUAACCGCUGCUCCUCCGGGUCUCACGAUCAGCUGGGUCUUCUCCUCCGAACCCAAGAGCAUCGCCUUCAGCGUGGUCUACAGGGAGAACCUAGAUACCCCUCCAGAGCAGGCCAAGGUUCUGAUCCCUCUGACAAGAUGUAACUCUCAUAAAGAAACGAUCCAGGGUCAGCUGAAGGUCAGGAACUCUGGAGAAUACACACUCAUCUUCGACAACUCUUUCUCGAGGUUCCUCUCAAAGAAAGUCCAGUACAAACUGAGCAUAGAGAAGCCAGAAGACUGCAGUGGAAGCGACUGUUCUUCGUAGGAAACAGAAUCACGCACACUUGUGUCUGUAUCAGGUCACGGGGGGGCGGCUUGUCCAAGAAUAUGCCCGUUAUCAAGCCUAACUUCUAAUGCUGCUUUCAGUGAUUUACACGGUGAAUCUCACAAGACGUGUCUAAAUCCCACGAUUUGAGAAAGUAUACUUUAUAAUAAAAUAAGAUAGUUUUAAGACAUUAUUUUCUCUAAUGAUCCCUUAUCCCAUUUAAUGCAAAAAUAAAAUUUUUGUUACCGAACUGGAAAAAAUAAAUGCAUUUACACAAAACAUCCCGGGGCAUUACUUUAACGUGAAUUCGAUAGAGAAAUAAAUAAAUAGAUAAAUCUCCCAAGCAAUGCAAAAUAAUAGUUUCUUAUUUUAGUUCGUUUGAUUUAUGACCCGGACAUAUAGCGAGAUUCACUCCGACACAUUCCUCUCAUGAACGAUUGCUCUUCAUAACCUCUUUUGAAUGAUUUUAAUACAUCCUUGGCAAACUCCAAUAGCCAGAACGGUACAAUAUCUCUGGCGUACUUAUCAAGGAAAUGGCCAAAAAUACUCAAUGAAGGAAAGCCCCCUGAAAUUUGCUGUGGUCAGUAGAUAGAUGAAGGUUUUUAUAACGUUGUGCACUACAGAAGAGCUUUAUUACUGUGUUUUUUAUUACGAAGUAAAUGCUUAUAAUUCAUGAGGUUGCUUGCAUAAUAAUUAUAAAUAUAAUCUAAAGAUAGGAAACUAAUCUAUUUUCUUGCGUGGUGUAUCUCUUUUUCUAAGUCAACUCUGACUUCUUUGCAGACACAUCAUCUGUAUUCUGAAGGACGAGUACACGGUAAUAAGACGAAACUCCUGGCCGUUGUGGGGUUUUUUUCCGACCAAAAAAUGCUUUUUCAUUCGGCUGACACCAGGGAAAAAUUUAUAAGCAAUAACUCAGUGAGUGUGUUUCUGCAUAAAUACGAUUGGCGGUGCAAUAACGGAUCACUCCAGCCUGAAGAAGGUAGACAUUGGAAAUGGCACGUUUUUAUAACGGCUUAAUUUGAAUGAUAAGCAUUGAUUCUUCACUGUUGCACUUUCUGAACGUGUUAUCAGAGCACUUGAUCAGAGUACUGUAGCAGUCUUUUUUUUUUUUUUAUGUGCAGUUACUGUAAAGGGCUGUGAUAUAAGAGUAAUGUUACAUUACAACUAGUUUGGAGUGGAGCUGAAUUAAAACUACUUGGUGGUGUGACUUUA